AUGGACAUUGCCAAUAUUUUUGCAAUACCGCCUGUCACAAGAGCGUGGAUCGGCUCCAUUGUGGUGAUUUCCUCGGCGUGUAGCUUGAGUCUUUUGAACCCCAUGAAACUCCACUAUCUUCCAGGAAUGUGGCCACGCUUGUUCACCACUUUCAGCACAUGGGGUAACCUCAGCUUCGUGCUACUAAUUCAGCUAUUGUACUUGAGAUCCACAUGUGGCGGUCUCGAGAGGCCGUACCAGAUUGAAUUAGGCAUGUUCCCACGAAGUGUGGCACGUCUGUUGGACGAUCGUAAACGUGCCCUUUUGAAGCAAAAAUUAGAAGCUUACAAAUCGCUAGACUUUGCAUGGUUUCUUGGCCAGAUUGCCAUUUCUGCCGUGGUGGCAUUCCAUCUCCAGCAGAACAUCACCGGAAACUACACCGUCACAUACUGGGCUAUGGGGCAUGUGCUAGAUAACAUCCUCUUGUACAUUUCCGGCAAGCUCUCGCCGAACGAGGGCUUUACGUUAUUUAUUCUCAUCAUCAAAAAGCGCUACGCUUUCUGGGCAUACGGAUUGGCCAGCUACUUGUUCACAGACGAGUUCCUGCUAAUCCCUCAGAUCUACGCUCAGUUUGGCUUGAAGUUGACAAUUGAGCACAUUAUCACGGGCCCGUUCCUCUGGUGCACGAUAUUUAAGAUGCUUAUCGGCCAUUUCUGGUGGUUUGUGAGGUUCUACUUGCUUGGGGACAUCUACAACGAGAUCAAGACCGAGAGUCGUGAGGCGUGGCUGGUUGCGUUUGACCCCUACGAGACACGCGACCCGUUGAAGGAGAAGUUGCAGUACUUUGUGAGCGACGUGUUGCGUUUCAUCGUUCUUCCGCCUUGGUACGCCUUCAUUGUGCCCAAGCUCGUCAACGAGGAGUAG